UUCCUAUUUAUAACCCUCCCACACCUCGCCUUCUUCUCCGGCGAAUCCACCACCCAUUUCCGUUGUCUGAAUAUCUCCAUCUGCUUCCGUUUAUCUACAUUUAUUCACCUAGCUUGCGAUUCGUUGGCCUACCAGUGAUCGAUUGGUUUUCUAGAGCAAUUCAUUCGAUAAAUCUCGAAAAUGGAAGGUCUCAGGACCAGAGUUUACAAAGGAGUUAAAAGGUACUGGGGGAGGAGACACUACGAGCGGCUCGGCGGGAAGAACCGCGAAGAAUCUGGAACAAAGCGGCGGAAGCGGUUCUGGAGGAUUAGGAUAACUCCCAAGCUGAAGCUGAGGUACUCCCCAAGGAAGUUCAUCGUCGGGAUCCGUGACGGUUAUAUGAGGAUGAUGAUGAAAAUGGCGAAUUCGCCGGUGGUUGCAGGUAGUGGUGGUUACGGAGAAGGAAUAGCGAGGUUUGGAAUGAAACCUGUGAAGGAAUAUGAUGAGAAGAUAAUAAUCGAGAUCUACAAGUCAUUGGCGAUGAGGCAAGCUCAUCAAAUGGUGCCGAUUGAUGCUCCACAUAUUAGUUUAUCCCGGUAAAUGUACCGGAAACCUGAUGAAACUUUUGAUGUAAACAUUAAUUCAAGUAACCUAUAAUUAAGUAAUAAUUAUAGCAGUGAUGGAGUACUACUGUUUUAAUAUUUGGCUUAAAUUUUGUGGAGAUUGUUGAUAUUGGUCAAAGAAAUACGCAUGCUGAUGCCGAGCCGUCGGUGAACCUCCAGGAAGCUUUUGCGUCCAUCAUUUUCCGGUAAUUAGGUGGACUUCUAUCACCAUCAUUUCCGGUAAUUAGGUGGAGUUGAAUCACCUUUAAUUCCGGUACUGGUUGAUCUGAGUU